AAUGCCCCAUCCCUAGAAAGUCACGUGACCAGCUUGCGUUUGAGCGCACUAACAGCUAUUGUAAAUAGAGGCUGUAAAUAUAACGUAUAUAGUUUAAAGAUGAGUUUGGGUGCGCGCGCCACCAAGGGUGGUGCGAAGCGGGGCGCUAAGGACGGCAAGCAUGCACAGGACACCCGGAAGAGCACAGAAAAAACCCAGAGCAAGGAGAAGGUGAAACCACAGGCUACUACAGAACAGAUCCGUAUGGCACACAUGAUCGAUCGUAAAAGCGAUGACGCGUCUGACGUUCGAAAAAUGGUGCUGGAGCUGAUGGAGAUGACAUGUCGUACCGAGGAGGAGGUGUGCUCGGCGCUCCACGACUCGGACAAUGACAUGGUCGUCGCCUGCAACCUGCUACUCGAAGAGAGCCAGCGGAUACAGGGCGAGUGGCAAACAAGUGAGAAAAAGAAAAAGAAGCCACCAGCCCCCGCGGGCAACGGCGAGUUAGACCCACCACGGGACCCACGCAGUCGUUCCGGACCCAGACCACGUCGAGGGUCAGGUGAACGGGGCGAUCGUGGAGAGCGAGGCGCCGCGGGCGAGCGGGGACCGGGCGGGGAGCGCGCGCGGGGCGAGGGCUCGUGGCGAGGCGGGCGGGGCGCGCCGCGCGGACGCGGGGGCGCACGCUCCGCGCGGGGGGCGCCGCCCCGCCGUCUGCGCCCAGACCGGGACCCUAACUGCUGGAACGACCCACAGCCCGCCAGUGGCAACAACACCGUCGACACAUUCCCCACCACAGAAGACUGGGACAACGAGGAGUGGUCCGGUUCCCUAUCAGACACAAAGGUGUUCACGCCGUCCGCCGCCGCCGCGCCGCCCGCGCCGCUCGUGUCGCCCGAGUGGGAGGGCGCGGAGGGCGGAGGUCCGCUGGAGGCGCACAUCCCCACCUACACGUACCACAACUCCGCGCACAUACCCGCGCAUCCUCACCACCAACUGCGAGAGCAAAUAAACUCAGUAAGCCGGCAGUCUCCGGUGAGCGUGGCUCCGACGAGUGGUGUGGUGCCCAACGUGUCGAACGUGGCGGGUGUGACAGGCCCGGCCGGGCCGGCCGGGGUGCCCCCCGCCAGCGCGGCCGGCCCCCAGCCAGACACACAGCCCGCGCCAGACACCUACCAUCACCAGAUGCACCACCAGCCUAUGGGUAUGUCAGGGAGUCUCACGGCAGCACAGUCACAGUACCUAUCUCAACUAACGCAACAAUCGCAAAGGCAUGACAAUAGUGUGUACACAUCGAAUUACGGCGUAUACGGGUCUACCGACAUCACCAGCCAGAGGAAACCACAGAGGGCGAGAGUACCACCGCCUUCUAAGAUUCCAUCCUCUGCGGUGGAGAUGCCAGGCGGUGCGGAUGGCGCAAUGUUCCUAGAUGUCCAGUUCGGGGCACUCGAACCUGAGGCACUACGGGACAAUACUACACCUAAACCGUCGACCCCGGGCACGGAGGGCGGCGCCCCCGCAGCGAGCAGCGCCAACGCGACGUCGGCGCCCCCGGCGGCCGGCGCGCCCCCCGCCCCCGCCGCGCCCCCCGCGCUGCAGGCCGCGCCCCCGCGCGCCUCGCCCCCGCCCGACGCCGCGCCCCCGCACGCAUACACCAACAACACCAACAACAUGCUAAACGAGAAUAUGUCAGUAGUGGAGCCCACGCCAGUCAGUGUACCGGCGCCCACAACUGAACCCGCAGUCACAAACACUAAUUCGACACUAGAGGGCGCCCUGUCGGCGACGAUGAAGCAGCUCGCGGUCAGCGACACCGCCACCCACCCACACCACCACCCCCACCCCGCCACACACCACAGGCCCAAGUCGGUGGGCCAGCAGACGGUGUACGCUCACCACGCAGUGUCGCACCACCCGCCCGUCUACGGCGCCAAUGUUUACGCGCCACAGCAGGUGAGUUCGACGGUGGGAGUGUCGGCGCUGUCCCAGUACCAGCCGCUGCUGUCGUCGUACGUGACGUCCCCGUCGGCCGCGCCCUACGCCGCCUCCGCGCUCUACACGCCCGCGCCAUACGCGCCAUACACGCCCGCCAUGGCCAAGCAGCCCGCCAAGGACAAUGCACAGUAUGAAAGCUCAGUAGCGUCAAGUAAUAGUUUAACUAGUACGACGACGCAAACACAGACUUCCACAGCAAAAGUAGCAACUACUACAGUCGCAGGCCAUGGGUCAUCAGGUUACGCGUCAGGUGCGUUAUAUGGUGCGGGGGCGACGCCCUACGCGCCCUACGAUGACCAAAUCAUGCGCUCGAGUCUACCACAUCAUAUGGGUGGCUACUACGAGGUAGGGUACGGCGGCCGGGACGCGACGUUUGGGCUCAGCGCUGGCGAGCGAUUCGGACGGACCGACGCGGCCUCGCCGCAACAGGUCCCCGCGGCGGCGCUGCCCCCCGGCUACGCGUACUUCGCGUACCAGCCUCCGCCCACCACGUACCAGUACGGAGUCUACCCCACUUACGGCGGUGGAUCUAACGUGGGCGGAGUAGGCGGAGUUGGCGGAGUCGGUGGAGUCGGCGGAGUGUCGGGGCAAGGCAAGGUCUCCACAUACACGCAACAACAACCCUACGACGCGCAGGACUCAUACAAACCUGGAGGCCCGUACAGCGGCACGGCCAGCAAGUCGGCGGGCGGCGCGGCCGCGGACCUCACUAACGCCAUGUACGCCAAGACACACGUCGCGCUCAACAAGGUCAAUUACAGAAACUGUCACUUGGCUAUGGUGCAGAACCAGCUCAGAGAGGAUGCAUUCCGGCGGAUCAGGAUGAGGCUGUCUGGAGCACGGAGGAGUCAGAACGAGAGAGACGGUGAUCAGGAAGCAGGACCUCGGGACAUUAUACGCCAAAAUGACUUGUCAAUUGCGGAUUUUGGUUCUAAGCUCGAAGAACUCUUUACUGAUUUAACUAUAUCGCAAGCUAAAUCGAAUAAUGAAGCGUUUGAAAUUUUACGACCUAUUAAUGAGGAACUGGCAGUUAAGAAAUUUGCCGACGGGUUACGUAACAGGAGGUUAAGCACUAUUAUUGCAGCACGCAAUUACACCGACCUGAAGGACGCGGUGCGAGCAGCCCUGGACGAGGAGUUAUCUCAACCCCAACCAACGACCUCAAACUCGAUCCUAAAUAUUCGAGAUGUAAACGACCAUGCACUGUAUGCAUAUAUAGGGCAGGAUUUUGAACGGGGUUCCUUAGAGUCGAUGGAUGUACGGGUGAACAGUAGUCAUAAUAGGCGGGAGAGCGGUGCGGGAGGAGGUCGUGCGUCGGCCAGCAAGCCGGCGGCGAGCAAGCCGACCUACUCGCAGUCCUACUGGGCGCCCAACUAGCCACUCUCUAGGCGUGGGUCGGGCGGUCCUCCGAUGUAUACCUAGCUCAAUACUGAACAUAACACGCGACACCCAACCAGCAUUACUAUAUAAAUUCAUUGUGUAAAAGCAUCGCCGCCGUCACCGAUACCAACGUUUUUUUUUCUUUUUUUUAACACAAAGUCGGUAGCGAGAUGUCGUGGUAGAGUGAUGCAAUAUAAUUAUGUAUUCGUUUCGUCGUGGCGACGUCGAUGCACCCUCAUCUCAUAUGUUAAGUCCGCUAUCAUAGGUUUCAAUUGUUUAAAAGAAAUUACCUCUAGUGCUAUGUAUAUCUUAUAAAGUAUGUAUAUGUAUGUAAGCAUUUGGUACGCUAUGCGCGCCGAAGUUUUUUUAUUUAGUUGACAUACUUUUUGUAAUUAACACUUAUUAUUAAAAAAAAAUGAUUAAAGAGAUGUCAUAGGACGAUAAUCGUAUUUGUAACGAGUAUAAUAGUCGAGCUCUUUUAUAUGUGGAAGAAUGCAGUUGUGAUGAUCUCGCGGGCAUUUGAAAGUAUGACGGAUUACACAUAUUGGAACUUGAACGACCGACUUUUAUUUUACAAAUUGCUCAGCGUCAUUGUUCGCAGGAAAUUAAA